AUGCUGUGCCGUAGCCCGUGCUGCGCGGCACCUGUCUUCUGCCGUAUUGUCGAUAUUAUGCGGCAGCGUGAACCUUACGCGCGUCCAGGUAUUCUUUACCCUAUCCGCGUGGAAUUGGGUGACCGUGUGGAUAAGUGUACCCCGCAUGAGUUGCAGGAGCUUAUUGACACGAUGCUUGCUCGAUCUCAGCGGUACGGCACAGUCAAAACAGGGACGGUAUAUAAUGUGAAUCAGUCUGUGGCAACGGAAAUUAGGGCGUAUGGACGCUACGUAGUGACGGGAAACAUGCGCGGUGGCUACAUCAAGGGGGAUCAUCGAUACGGCCCGCGCUUGACGGGAUAUAGUGGGGCAACAACGAAACCAGGACUUAAAUGGAACGGGGAGGACUUAUGA